CAAGCCAUGCACCCUUUCCUGUCAUACUACGUCGCCUGUCAAAGCCAUGCAGCUGUUCGCCCUCUCGCUUCUCGCUUUGGCCGUGGCCGAGCGCCAGGUGGAGGAAGCCAACUACGAUGACGGCCAUGUCCGCCUGGCUACCUUCAACGCCACUGGCUUGGCCUUGCUGAAGCAGGGCGUCCAGCUGCCCAUGGUGAAGCCAACGCGCAGCUUUCUGCAGGAGGAGGCCAACGAGAGCAUUGUUGUUAACGUGCCCGCAGCAUGGAAGUACCGCCUGAAAAUCGUUCAGAAGCUUGGAGAGGGGGGAUUUGGAGAGGUCUUCAAGGCCAAGGCCGCUUGUGCGACGACUGACGCCUAUGUCGCGCUGAAGCAUAUCAUGCGGACUGACAGUACAAGCAUGAGAGAAGUCGAGGCCUUGCGGAAGAUGAACGGGGUCUCAGACUACUGCAUCGCCUCCACCGGCGCGCCGGACAAGGUGGUGGAUCAACGCGGGCUGUGGCUGAUGACGCCCUUCAUGAACCGAGGCGACCUCCACACCAUCGUGGGCGAAUGCCGGGUGGACUACAAUUGCAACCGUGGCUGGCACUACAAGUGGAACAAGAUUGGUACGAGCCAGGCUUGGAUUUGGGCGCUGAUGUAUCAAGCCAUGAAGGGCGUGCAGGCUUUGCACUCCCACGGCAUGGUUCACAUGGACCUUAAGCUGGACAAUGUCAUGGUGAACUGUCAGCUUGUGAGGGGCUCAAAACGUUGCUACGCAGCGGUGAUCGACUUGGGCCUGGUCUGCACAAAGACGGACUGCAGCUGGGGCGGGACGCCUGGGUAUAUGGCACCGGAGGUGUGGUUGAAUGAUGUUGGCCGCCCAGCUAGCGACGUCUUCUCACUCGGAGUGAUGCUGUACCGCGUCACUUACACACAAUUGCCGCCCUUCAGAGGUGAUCAGAACGGGCAGAGGACCAGAGCAUAUAACGCGCACACGGAUAGGAACAUCCCCAGUCGGGAGAGCAGGACUCCUAUAGACGAUCUGAUCGUGGCCAUGCUGGAAACGGAUCCACGCAGACGGAUCAAGCUGAGCGACGCGAUGAACCAGUUGAAGAAUAUCAUCAGGGCCACGACCCAUGACAAGCCUGUCCUGGACAUGUUGCGGAAGUCGCCGGCCCAACUGGGAGCAGAAACUCCCAUGCCAAGCUGCCUCUUUGAUGCCAGAGAUUUCGGGGGCUUGGACCUCGAAGACAAGCCCUUCGCCCGAGAGUACUGCGUUGAUAAACCAUCCAAGGCCAUCGGUAUGCUGCGCUGCGGGCUGUGCAUCGGCUGCAACCAAUGCUGCAAGUGCCGGGUGAUCCGCAACAAGGAGAAGGUAAAGGAGCACUUCCGGAUGUCCAUCUGCAAGUAGUGAUCUGUAUCACCAGCUGCUGGAUUUUUGAGCUAGACAUUUGAUUGAAGCGGGUUCGGGAUGGAUUCGAGGGGUCCAUCGCCUGGAUCGCAAUAGAAGCAACGUUUCCCGAAAACGGCAUGUGCUUCUCACAUGCAUAUGCGGGUCGGCGGC